AUGGUACAAAUAUUGAACCAGGGUAUACUCGCCACAACCAUACUGCAAGUACAGAAAACCUCUGAAGCUUCCAAUCUAAUCAGACUAUAUAAUGAAGCUCUGGUGUCGUUCAGCCAUGCCACCCUCGCAUUUAUCAGCCCAUUGAAGCCGGGAAGCAAGGCAACCAGCCGUGGCUCGACAUGUGCUGCUAUUUUACCCAAUCUCCGCUUCUUCCGUGCCACUGAAUACAUUCUCUCCAGCAGCCAAGGAGCAAUGGCGUUACCAGGAAGGCUUAAUGGGCCAUACCGUAAAACCCUGAGAGACCGAGACCGAAACUGA